AUGUAUCAUAGAUUCGGCAUAUUUAUGGAUGGUGGCGGGGCUAAACAGAGACGUACGCAAGACCCUCCAAUCCAUCACGAUCUCAGUGUCUCCCUCGAAGACGUGCUCUACGGCACCACAAAGAAAAUCCGUGUUACUCGCAGACGCCUUAACCCCGAUGGUCGGACCACACGCGAGGAGGAGAAGGUUUUGGAGAUUGAAGUGCGUAAAGGCUGGAAGGCCGGCACCCGAAUCACCUUUCCCCGGGAGGGCGACGAAAAACCUAACAAUAUC